AUGAUAUUUCUAGGCGUUUGCUUCAUUGUUCUGUUGGUUAUUGGAGAUUUGGAGAAGGAAGUGAAAAUCGGAAGCCUCAAGUUUUUAGGAGCUGUCUUCUUGGCUUUAGUAGUAUUUGACAUCUGUUUAGCAGCUAGGCCAAAAGCCCUUGGUAGAGGCUCCGGUUCCGGAUAUGGUUCAGGCUCCGUGGGAGGAAAUCGUGGCGGAGGAGAAGGAUUAGGUUCAGGGAGUGGCUACGGUGAAGGAUAUGGAAGCUGA